CUCUUGCUCACAAUUUCAGCGAUGAUGGCUCUACCAAACCGGUUGCUACGGAAAUCCACAGUAAUCACAAACGCUGUACCUGUUUAUCACAAGGAGCUCAAAUUGGUGGCCUACGCUGCCGACAAAGUGGUGAUUUUACUUGACUUGGCCAGUUUCACCAGCCGUAAUUUAACAGGCCACACCGACACAGUGACUACUUUCCAAUUCCAUUCAUGUAAUAGCAUGAUCCUAGUAUCCGGUGGUUUGGACGGACGACUAAUUGAGUGGGAUUUACGCACCGGGACCAAGUUGAAGCAAACCAAAUUGGAUCUGCCAAUCACCUUUGUGCAUGGACCAUUUAUCUGUCUUCAGCUGAAGAAACAGUAUUGCCUCAGGAUGUACACAUCUGCAUUUGAAGCGUACACAACGGCUUUCGAAUCUUGCAACACACCACUUUUUUCUAUCGGAGGAGGAAAGGAUCGAAUUGUAGCUCAUGUCCAAAAUCUAGAUCUUUUCGUUUAUUGGGUGGAUUAUCGAGUCACUACUUCUUAUACAUUGACUGAGUCCAGACGUCAUGGGACCGCCAAACACUUCACCUGUGUUGCUGUUCACCCUAGCGAAAUGAUUAUCGCCACGGGGAACGGUAUAGGGGAAAUCUUUAUCUGGUACCAUCUGGCUUCUGUCACAGAGGAUUCAUUUCAAGAUCCUCUGGAUGUGUUGGAAGAGGAUUCGAAGGGCAUUCUAGCAUCCGCAAUCAGCUCCUUUGAACCAGUCAAGCAAGCUGUUCUACAGGCGAAGGCAUGUGGUUCUUCUUUUGACUAUCACCCCACUCACCCCUCGAAGGUGAAACGAAACAUUAUACAUUGGCACUCAUCUGCAGUCAAAACAAUGUGUUUCACGUCAACCGGAAGUCAUCUGUUAUCCGGUGGAUUGGAAGGAGUCCUUGUGAAGUGGGACACAGCUGAAUGUUUGGGUGGCCCUCGACAGCGGCGCUUUCUUCCACGUCUUGGCGCUCCAAUCUUCGCGGUGGCUAACUCUGGGGGGCCAUCUGAAGACACAAUAUCACUCACGCUUGAAAAUAAUGCGAUGUAUAUUCUGACCGGUGCACUGAAGACUGUGUACUUCCUACAGGGGUUUGUACAAAUGCCCCUGACUUGGCGAUCGGUUCACAGUUUCAGCGUCCCAGUUAACGUCGUAGUUCUCCCUUACGUCAGAAGUCAUCAAAAUAUCCCUCCUCUCGUUUUAACUAACGGGGCGAUGGGUUUCUUACAGUUAUUGGAUUUCAGGAGGCGGAAACUUGAAAUAGCAAAGGUAAACGUUUCUCGCCAACUGGCUACUCCUCGCGACAAAGAUCCCGUGCUUCCGGUUUCUUUCUCCGAAGUAUUCCUGGUUGCUUUGUCUCCCCCUGUUGCGGAUUAUUACUGGAUAUGUACCUAUGAAAGACUGCGGAAGAUGCGAGGCAGACAAAUCGAUGAUCAGUCCCGGAUCACUUGGUGGAACUAUCACAACCAGAGCCUCCCCGAUGAUAUUACUGCACAAAACGCGCUAUCUUCCUUAUUUAUGCCAAUGGAGGUUACGUCUUUAUCACAUUUGGGCAGCACAGCGUCCAGUUUGGGCUUCGUUUCAUCCAAAAACCUGAUGUGUUACCUACUGCUACAGGACUUUCGGUUGCUAGUAAUGGAAAACAGGGGCCGCACGGUGUCCAGCAACUUUGAGUGGGUAAAGCGAUCAUGCCAUCGACUUUGUCUUCCAAACUCCAGCAGUUUGACAAACACGGAGUGUCCGCAGUCUACGGUUAUCAAAUAUGCGGCUCCAUGCUCAGAUGGGACUACAGAGGAACGGUUUCUCCUGGUAUUGACUGCCGGCACAGAGGUGUUUAUUUUCGACUGGGACCUUCUCCUUGACGAAGGCUGCCCUCACCCCCUGCUUUCGUUGGAUCUGGCAAAGUCUACCGACCGGAUCACCUCCACCCUAUUCGCUCCACUGGCUGUAGUGCACAAACCCGUAGUUCUUUGGUCUGGAAGUGAACCCCCAUGCUACCUGGCUGUGUAUCUUCGUGGUCAUGUACCUGAUGAAACACCUGCAACGUCGCGCACUUCAGGCGUGCUCUGCGUCCUCCGUCUCCAUCGGCCUUGUGAGGAUCGGUGGGCGCUCGACCCAGUGACAGUCACGGCCGACCUCACGCUCACGUGCAUAGACUCACAUCCGCACAAACCACUCGUGGCAGUCGGUCUACAAGACGGCACAGCCGCCGUAUUUCGCCUCAUACUGGAUGGCCCUUCCGUAUAUCUUGAUCGGGUACAGUCGUUUCCUGCACUACCAGCGCAUCCCCUUUGUGAUCGUCGACGGAUGCAUCGGUCCGGAUCAAAGUCAAAGAUUCGUAUUCAACCGCCGGCUACUCGACUGUUGUCAUUGCAUUUCUUGCCUGAUUUGCCCGAUACACAACCGUUUCGUUUGGUCGGCUUGCUGGAAACUCUAACUGGUCGCGAACGGGGCAGACGCGAUGUCGUCACGUAUAAUUUAGCCGAUCAACCCUCAGAUCAAGACACCCCUGGCUCCAUACAAUCAGUUAAAGAACAGCCUAUCAGUCUUUUGGAUAUGUGCGCGCCUAAUGUGCCAUCCCUUGUGGCUCCCAAGUCCCGCAAGCGUCCAGCGAUCAAGAGUGAUACUCAUUUUGAAGACACUCUUCGGCAGAUCAGCAGUUAUCCCAUCCACACAGCUCCGGCCCCGGAACAAGUGUUGCGUCAGCUGAUGGACAAAAGUUCCUAGACAAAUACAUGCACAUUUGUAUCUACUAUCCCCAGAAAGCAAAUUGACAUAUUUUU